UAUUUCCGGCCUGGGUGCCGAUCGUGGGGCGAGUGUUGCAGCCGCUGUGCUGGAGUCUUCUUCGUAGCUCCCGAAGCCCGGCAAAGUGGGCCGGCUUUCUGCUCUUGUAACCGGGAGUAGCUCCUAAGGCGCCUCAAGCCCGGACGGCCUGGCGCAGCGGUGAGGCCGAGCUCCUUUGUGGACUGUUUGAUUCCUAGCAGUUUACCUGUCCAAGUCCCUAGUGAAAAUGCACGUUAAGUCAAUCAUCCUUGAAGGAUUUAAGUCCUAUGCUCAGAGGACUGAAGUCAAUGGUUUUGACCCCCUCUUCAACGCUAUCACUGGUUUAAAUGGUAGUGGGAAAUCCAACAUAUUGGACUCCAUCUGCUUUUUGCUGGGCAUCUCCAACCUGUCUCAGGUUCGGGCUUCUAAUUUACAAGAUUUAGUUUACAAAAAUGGGCAGGCUGGUAUUACCAAAGCCUCCGUGUCAAUCACAUUUGAUAAUUCUGACAAAAAGCAAAGCCCUUUGGGAUUUGAGGUUCAUGAUGAAAUUACAGUAACAAGGCAGGUGGUUAUUGGUGGUAGAAAUAAAUAUUUAAUCAAUGGAGUAAAUGCAAACAAUACCAGAGUACAAGAUCUCUUCUGUUCUGUUGGCCUUAAUGUUAACAACCCUCACUUUCUCAUCAUGCAGGGUCGAAUUACAAAAGUAUUGAAUAUGAAACCUCCAGAGAUUUUGUCCAUGAUAGAAGAAGCAGCUGGAACCAGGAUGUAUGAAUACAAAAAAAUAGCUGCCCAGAAAACUAUAGAAAAAAAAGAAGCUAAGCUGAAAGAAAUUAAGACGAUACUUGAAGAAGAGAUUACUCCAACAAUUCAAAAACUAAAAGAGGAAAGAUCUUCCUACUUGGAGUAUCAAAAAGUAAUGAGGGAAAUAGAACAUUUGAGUCGUUUAUAUAUUGCCUAUCAGUUUUUGCUGGCUGAAGAUACAAAAGAACGCUCAGCUGAGGAAUUAAAAGAAAUGCAAGAUAAAGUUGUAAAGCUUCAAGAAAAAUUGUCUGAGAAUGACAAAAAAAUAAAAGCACUUAGUCGUGAAAUAGAAGAGUUGGAAAAAGGAAAAGAUAAGGAAAUUGGAGGUACACUUCGAUCUUUAGAAGAUGCGCUUGCAGAAGCUCAGCGAGUUAACACUAAAUCUCAAAGUGCCUUUGAUCUCAAGAAGAAAAAUCUGGCAAGUGAAGAGAACAAACGCAAAGAGCUAGAAAAAAAUAUGAUUGAGGAUUCUAGAACUUUAGCAGCAAAGGAAAAAGAGGUUAAAAAGAUAACAGAUGGGCUGAACGCACUUCAAGAAGCAAGUAAUAAAGAUGCUGAAGCUUUGGCCGCUGCACAGCAGCACUUCAAUGCUGUAUCCGCUGGACUGUCGAGUAAUGAAGACGGAGCAGAAGCAACUCUGGCUGGUCAAAUGAUGGCUUGUAAAAAUGACAUAAGUAAAGCUCAGACAGAAGCCAAACAGGCUCAGAUGAAGUUGAAACAUGCCCAACAAGAAUUAAAGACUAAACAGGCUGAAGUUAAGAAGAUGGAUAGUGGCUACAGGAAGGAUCAAGAAGCUUUAGAGGCUGUGAAGAAACUUAAAGAAAAACUUGAAGCUGAAAUGAAAAAGCUAAAUUAUGAAGAAAACAAGGAGGAAGGACUUCUGGAAAAGCGCAGGCAGCUAUCUCGUGAUAUCAGUAGAUUGAAAGAAACAUAUGAAGCUCUCUUAGCCAGAUUUCCUAAUAUUCAAUUUGCCUACAGGGAUCCGGAGAAGAACUGGAAUAGAAAUUGCGUGAAAGGACUUGUAGCUUCUCUGAUUAGUGUGAAAGAUACUUCUACAACCACAGCUUUAGAGUUGGUGGCUGGGGAACGGCUCUACAAUGUUGUAGUGGACACAGAGGUUACUGGAAAAAAGUUACUAGAAAAGGGGGAAUUGAAACGUCGAUACACUAUAAUUCCACUCAAUAAAAUUUCAGCCAGAUGUAUUGCUCCAGAAACUCUGAGGGUCGCUCAGAAUCUCGUUGGUCCUAACAAUGUUCAUGUGGCUCUUUCCCUGGUUGAAUACAAGCCAGAACUUCAGAAAGCAAUGGAAUUUGUCUUUGGAACAACGUUUGUUUGUAAUAAUAUGGAUAAUGCAAAAAAAGUGGCCUUUGAUAAAAGGAUAAUGACUAGAACUGUAACUCUUGGGGGUGAAAUAUUUGAUCCUCAUGGUACAUUGAGUGGAGGUGCUCGAUCCCAGGCAGCUUCUAUUUUAACCAAGUUUCAAGAACUCAAAGAUGUUCAAGAUGAACUGAGAAUGAAGGAGAAUAAGCUACAGACUCUAGAUGAGGAAUUAGCAGGUCUUAAAAAUACAGCUGAAAAGUAUCGCCAACUAAAACAGCAGUGGGAGCUGAAAACUGAGGAGGCAGAUUUAUUACAAACCAAGCUCCAGCAAAGCUCGUAUCAUCAGCAACAAGAAGAAUUAGAUGCUCUUAAAAAAAUCAUUGAGGAAAGUGAGGAGACCUUAAAAAACACCAAAGAAAUCCAGAAAAAAGCAGAAGAAAAAUAUGAAGUAUUGGAGAAUAAAAUGAAAAAUGCAGAGGCUGAAAGAGAGCGAGAACUGAAGGAUGCUCAGGAAAAACUGGAUUUUGCCAAAACGAAAGCAGAUGCUUCUAGUAAGAAAAUGAAAGAAAAACAACAGGAAGUUGAAGCUAUCACUCUGGAGCUGGAAGAGCUCAAGAGAGAGCAUGCAUCCUAUAAGCAGCAACUUGAAGCUGUAAAUGAAGCUAUCAAAUCCUAUGAAGUACAGAUUGAAGUAAUGGCAGCUGAGGUGGCUAAAAACAAGGAGUCUGUAAAUAAAGCUCAAGAAGAGGUGACCAAGCAAAAAGAAGUGAUAACAGCCCAAGACAACGUAAUUAAAGCUAAAUAUGCUGAAGUAGCAACACAUAAGGAACAAAACAAUGAUUCUCAGCUUAAAAUUAAGGAACUGGACCACAACAUCAGCAAACAUAAACGGGAAGCUGAAGAUGCUGCUGCAAAGGUCUCUAAAAUGCUGAAAGACUAUGACUGGAUUAAUACAGAGAAACACCUCUUUGGGCAACCUAAUAGUGCCUAUGAUUUCAAAACCAACAACCCCAAAGAAGCUGGUCAGAGACUUCAGAAGUUGCAAGAAAUGAAGGAGAAACUGGGGAGAAAUGUCAACAUGAGAGCUAUGAAUGUUCUGACAGAAGCUGAAGAGCGGUAUAAUGACUUGAUGAAGAAGAAGAGAAUUGUAGAAAAUGACAAAUCCAAAAUCCUUGCAACUAUAGAAGACCUUGACCAGAAGAAAAACCAAGCCCUAAAUAUUGCUUGGCAAAAGGUGAACAAGGACUUUGGGUCUAUUUUUUCUACUCUUUUGCCUGGUGCUAAUGCUAUGCUUGCACCACCAGAGGGGCAAACUGUAUUGGAUGGUCUGGAGUUCAAGGUUGCUUUAGGAAAUACUUGGAAAGAAAACCUAACGGAACUUAGUGGUGGUCAGAGGUCGUUAGUAGCUUUGUCAUUAAUAUUGUCCAUGCUCCUCUUCAAACCUGCUCCAAUUUAUAUCCUGGAUGAGGUGGACGCAGCCUUGGAUCUUUCUCACACCCAGAAUAUUGGACAGAUGCUGCGUACUCAUUUCACACAUUCUCAGUUCAUUGUGGUGUCACUAAAGGAGGGUAUGUUCAACAAUGCAAAUGUCCUGUUCAAAACCAAGUUUGUGGAUGGUGUUUCUACAGUAACCAGAUUUACUCAAUGUCAAAAUGGAAAGAUUCCAAAGGAAACCACAUCCAAGGCAAAAGGACCCAAAUGAUCACAUCUGGAAGUUAAAAGAACAAAUUUACUCCUUCACCUUGAACUAUAGUUUAAACAUAAAGAACUUGGGCUUUACUUAUUUAUGUAAAAAUGUAAUGUCGUUACUUAACCCAUAUUUUCUCUUCCUUUAUGUAAUCACUUAUAAAUACGUAGAUUCCUCUCAAUUAGUUUAACUGUCGUCCAAUUACUGGUGACUGUGAUUUUAUGCAUGUCCUCAAAUACUUUUUUAUUACAGAACUCAUAUAUAUAUAUAUAUAUAUGGGAGCCUGAGAUAACCUGGUUGGUGAUAAAUUCUGUUUGCAAAAUCAAAAAUACAAAGCAACAGAUGAAAUUAGAGGAUAAAUAUAGCUGAUAGUCAGCUUUUAAUUAGUUAAUUCCUACGGUAAUAUUAGUGUGUUUUCUGUUGUUAAGAAAGUCAUUUAGGUGAGGAAGACUUAUAAAAGCAAGUAUCUGGACCAACAGAGGGAACAUAAAAGAAGCUAUUAGGCAUGCACGAGCUGUUUGUGGCUCUUUAAAGGUACAAGGCCAGAGCCCUGAUUUAGACUCAGUGAUUUAGACUUAGUGAUGGUUGGUUAUCAUGUUUCUAUAUGCUUCGUAACUAGUAUGUGCAAUCUUAAGUUUUUAAAGCCUUUACCACUUUUUAAUAGAAGCCUGGGAGAAGGUCUUUUGCAUGCUGCCCUCCACCUUUAUCUGAAAUCUCCUCAUGUUUUCAAAGUCCAAUCAAUAACAAUCUAUUGGUGAAUAAGAAUGUAUUUAUUUUUCCUUCAUUCUGAUACAUUUAUAAAUAGAUCCAUCUGUUUUACCAAAAGAA